AUGGAAAUAGAUUUAGAGCAGGCCUUGAAUUCAUUCUGUAUAUUUCUAGAAAUCAACGACUGCGCUGAAACGGGCGCAUGUCCAGAUAACGCCGCAAUUUGUACCGACCUAUUAGGAAGAUGUGAAUACACAUGUAAGAACGGCUUUGAAGGAGGGACAUGUUCUGGUAAGCAAAAUGUAAUAUUUCAAAAUUGAGUUAGUGUGUGACAGAUUUCUUUAUUUUGGUGGUUCGCCUUAUAGUUUAUCGAGAUAUGGUGUAGGAACUCGGCAACUUCAAACUGUCUAUAUAAUGGGCAACAGAUUUAUGUUGAAAUUUGCUAUUUAACACUAUAGAAGGUCAAAUAAUUCGACGUUGUUACACCAUUCGAUCAACCUUUCUUCGCUUUAUCUGUGGAACGAAUAGUCGUAUUUUGAAACAGAUUCCAAUUUUAAUAUUAAUACCCACAGUAUGCUGUUCUGAUUAAAUCUGACUACCAUUGGCUAGUAUAUACGUUUUUGGCUACAGGUUAUAGUGAUGUAAUUUUCCAUGCAGCCAAAAACGUAACAAAUUUCAACAACAAAAAACAUCUGAUUUGUAAAAAUGAUAUUCUAUAUUCAUGGAAAAUUUCGUACAAGCAGGAUGAAAAUUAAAUACGUUAGGCCUAUACAAUAGCAUUGACGCUUUAGCAUUUUUGGCUGGCGCAAACUAUUUUGAUUUAGUGGAUUUUUAAGCCAGGCACAAUAUUCUUAUUAGGCUAAUGUGGUAAUUGAUAACUAGUAUAUAUAUAUAUAUAUAUAUAUAUAUAUAUAUAUAUAUAUAUAUAUAUAUAUAUAGUUUUUCGUUUUACCUCAAAAAACCACAACAGUCUGUUUCAUCCGUAUAGGAAUCAUCAGGACCACCUGAUGAUUCCUAUACGGAUGAAACAGACUGUUGUGGUUUUUUGAGGUAAAACGAAAAACUAUAUUACGCUCUAUCUAUAUGGUAUUGAGCACUGUUUGUGUUUCGUAAACCAAAAUCGUAAGCUAUAUUAUAUAUAUAUAUAUAUAUAUAUAUAUAUAUAUAUAUAUAUAUAUAUAUAUAUAUAUAUAUAUAUAUAUAUAUAUAUAUAUAUAUAUAUAUAUAUAUAUAUAUAUAUAUAUAUACAGACACAAAAACUUAGCAAGCUUUGUUUGGCAUAUUUAUUACUAUACAGUUUCGUACCACGUAAAUAAACAAAGCUUGCUAAGUUUUUGUGUCUUUCAGUUAUGCUCUGGUUAUUCAUUGAGCACUCUAUAUAUAUAUAUAUAGCACUCUAUAUAUAUAUAUAUAGCUUACGAUUUUAAAACAAUAAAAUUAAUAAACAUGCAGUAUGAACAAGAAUUUUUAUUUCGCUUCAUCUCAUUUUAUCUAACAACAACAAAAAUUUUCAGGGGAAAAUUAUAAAUUUGUGGAUGCUUUAGUUGUAUUUUUUAUUUCGGAUGAUGUCAAAUUCCUCCUGGCUAUCUGCAAAUGAAAUUUGCAGCUCUUCACAUAGUCAAAACACAACUAUUCCUGACUGCUUUAGUGAAACAUUGUAAAAUUUACCUUGCAUGUAAUUUCGACUUUCGCUAACAAAAACGUCUUGAGAAAGUUCUUUAAGGUUACUCCACAUGAUGAAAUGGCGUUUUACAAAAAUUCUCACCGCGCUCUCAAUUUUUACGCUUUUGCCGUCAAAUUUUGUGUGCGUGAUGAUAAAUCAUUGUUGUAACCAGCAAUUUAACAAAAAUGUUAUAUUUUAAAACACUGUGGUUGCUACGGGCUACUUUUGAAAAUCUAACCUCCUUUGCGUCACAAGAUUUGCACGCCGCCGAUUUAAGCCUAGGACCUGCAAAACAUCAUAUUUCCCAUCUCAGAUGAUCAAAUAACAAAAGUGUGUUCGCAUUUUUUGACAGCUAUUGUAUUUGCUUUGAUAUAAAGCAGACAAGAUGACUUACACAAAUUUUGUAUACACGGUAGAACGAAUGCCUAUAACUCGAAAAGUAUGGCGUUAAACGAAAAACGCGAACACACUUUUGCUCCUUAACAGUUGUUCUACAUUGUGGCAAAGUUUGAAAGGAAUCGGAUAAAACGUGCACGGUGCAUUAGUCUUUUUGUGAGGACAAUCUGGGAAUAUUUCAUUCUGUGUAAAAGGCUAAAAGAGAUUUCACGAGGUUUUUCCGCUGCCUGUUUUGUUUCUCCGCCCUCUGUUCUCACUUCAAACUGUAAGCCAAUCAGAUCGCACCUCAUCAAAGUACUUUUGGCAAGGUGGUUCUGCGUAAUUUAUUCAUGAUCUGGUUUGUUAUAAGUGCGUAACAGGCAAAACAAAAACAUUAAAUAUGCCAGCAAAACGCAAAUGUAGAGACUUGCACUCGCUGUUGCUGUCUGAGUCAUUGCUGAAGAACAAGUUGCGGAAUCCUCAAACUGUUCGGGCCAUUCUUGGUCUUGGGAAAACCAUGAGCCCAAGUCACUGUAUGCCACCACUCGUUUCUUAUUCGAAUCGAAUUCCAUUUGCCGAAAGGAUUUUUUCCUUUUUUGUUUAGAGCAAAACGGACUUGUGUUUUUCUUAUGCCUCUUUGAUUUCAAAGGCAUUGCACUCGCGUUACUCACUACCUCUACAUUGCUCACUACCGCUACAGUGUGUUUCGCUGUGCUAUUGUUGUGAAUAAAAUAUCAAAGAAAUAUUACACCAACCAGGUGUUACAAUAUAGGUUAGGGGGGCAGAUCAUUAAUGAGGUAUGGACUAAUAGCGGCUGCUUAAAGCGCCAUUUGUAAGCUCACAGUCUACCUCGGUCUGCUUCACGCCAGUUCCGGCUGUAAUUGCAAUGCGCACUUGAUCAUAUACAUAUGUAAAAUCGCGCAAUAGAAAUAUUAAAUAUUUCACACCAAUUAGCAGAAAUGAGUUCACACCAAUUAGCAAAAUGUCAAUUACAAUUACUAUUUUCGCGGCAAAAUUAUUCGAAUUUAAAACAUUUUCCGUUAUAUCUCGGUCGCAUUUUAAUAUUUUUGAAAAUAAUCUUUAAGGAUCGAAAGAUUUUCAGCCCCUCAAUUCAAAUAUAUAAAAAUGUAAAAAAUGAUGGAAUCAGAGUUUUCAUCAUAUGGAGUAACCUUAACCACAGCAGUUGCUCCUUUUCUUUAUUUUAGGUUUAGUUUUCUUCGUUUUGAAUAGUUUGAAAGACUUUUAGACACUUUUUGCCGUUUGAAACUCGGCUCUCGUCGCAGGGCAAUAAAAAUAGCGUAUUGGCCGUGGGCAAUCCGGGAAAAACCUGCCUCGUCAGCAGCCAAUCGAAUUGCGCGAUUCAUCGAAACAAAUACUAAUUGCCAUAUAAUAAAAUGGAAUAUGGAGCCAGUUUAACAAAAAGGUGACAACGAAAAGUUCUCUAUUUUAGUUAGUAAAAACUGGGUGCAAGCAAUUACGAGAAAUAUUACGAAAUUUACGACUGCCAUGGUAUUUUUCUAACUAUUUAUAUAUACGAGAUGAUCUGUAAAAUAUUUUAAAUAGCAGCUAUAUGCAUUUGUUCAGAACAGUCAUGUUUUAGUAUUUUAGAACCUAAGACGAUAAUUUUGUUGCAGACAUCAACGAGUGCCAGACAACACCCGUGGUUUGCGCCGCAAAUUUGGAAUGUCGGAAUCUCUAUGGAAAUUAUUCUUGUUUCUGUCCGUUUGGUCAGUGGCUUGUCAGUGAUAACUGUGCAGGUAUGCAUUAUGGUUACAACAGUAUGGCGUGUUUCAACAGUAAACUUUUGUUUGGUCGAUGUGGAGACCAAGAUGACAUUUUUGUUCUCGUGUUUUAAUAUUGGACCUGGUCUUUGCCCAAAUAUUUCGAGUUUGUCGUGCAUGUCUGAUGUUUCUUACUUGUUUAAAUUAAAUAAUUAUAUAUCCAUUUAUUCACUGACAAAGUUAGCCAUGGUAUAUACAAAUAUCAAUAUUGAAUAAAGUAAAGAAACCAGAAACCGCACAGAGAAUACAGACACCCAAAAUUCAAAAUUUUGAUUCUGUUACUUUAUUUGUAAUCGUUCACAACGAAACGUUUAGUAUACGAGUCUAAAUGUGGGAACCAAAACAUUAGAUAAAAUUUAACAGUUCUUCUCAGGUACAUGUCUUUGUAAGCCGUAUUGCUUCGUGUAACACUCCUAUAGUUUAUAUUUGUUGUCAUGACAAUGACGGUUUACGUUGCCAGUUACAGAGAAGCUUGAACCUGCUUCAUCGUCGAGCAGUGACGCUGUCAUGGGGAGCGCCCUUCCUUCACUGUUGCAGAGUGUAGUUUUUUGUUCGUGGAAAUCCAAUGAAAACUGAAGGGGUGUGGAAAAUUGCCAGCAGAGUGUUGCGUAUAUAUUCCACGCAUCAACUCAGAGAAUCUACUGAACUUUGUCCCAAUAUAAAGCUCUACGUGACUAUGUCUCCACUUUAUUAAAUUGUCAAGUGAUCUGCAUGAAAACAAUAUUUAACGCUCCUGAAACGUUUGUUAUCCAAGCGCCUCCACAAUGCAGGAAAUGCGCACGUAUAGAAAAUACAGACACCCAAAAUUCAAAAUUUUAAUUCCGUACAUUGGAGUAUAUGCCCCCCCCCCCCCGAAGAAAUCUAAUACGACCAUUCUUGCAAUAUUUUGGAAGAUCAAACAAUCACCAAAUACAGACUAUAGACUAACCUGUCAUCCGUAGAAAUUAUUGCUUAAAUGCCGACGGAAAAUGUAAUUGUAUUAGAGACCUUAAGAUCGACGUUUACGGCAAACGUCAAACCGCUAGCGAAAUUUUUAUUUUACAACUCUAUUAUUAUAGCUUUUACACCAGUUUUGAAAUAUGUUAAACUUAUUAAGCUUGCGCUCUUUAGUAAUGAUUUAAGAAAGCAAAUUAACCACUAGUGAUGCCAUUCACCAAAGCAGUAAAUUAAGAUUUGGCGUUUGAAGUUGACGUUUGGCGUAUAAAUUUCAUGCUUUAACGACUACAAGCCCUCGUAGCAGUUCAAGCAUGAAAUCUAUACGCCAAACGUCAACUUCAAACGCCAAAUCUUAAUUUACUGCUUUGGUGAAUGGCAUGACUAGUGGUUAAUUUGCUUUCUUAAAUCAUUGCUAAAGAGCACAAGUUUAAUAAGUUUAACAUAUUACAAAACUGGUGUAAAAGCUAUUAUAAUAGAGUUGUAAAAUCAAAAACCUCGCUAGCGGUUUGACGUUUGCCGUAAACGUCAAUCUUAAGGUCUCUAUUACCGAUGACCAACCAAUUAAGUUCCACUCGUCCGAGAUUUCGUUGCAACCUACAAAAUUAUUUUUCAUGCGAAAAACUAUUUUUCCUUAGAUGCGUAUGUUUACGAACUGGACUUUGUUGUACUGGAAGGUCUUGAUUAUAACGCAGAUCUAACUGAUGACAGUAAAAAAUACUUCUCCGACUCGUUAGUGGGCAUCGAGAACGCGGUAAGCUUUUAA